UAAUGACCGUCAGCUAUAAAUGGCUGAGAUGGGUGUUGAGGACUGAUGUAGCUCAGUGUCGCGUUGUUAGGACAGAGACAGGAGAAUGAUCAGACCCACAGCUACCACAUUCAGCUUAGUGCUACUGCUAGUCCUACUGCUGUACUGCUCUCUGUCUCACAGUCUCAUGCAGUUCAACACUGUGACUGGAAGGCUACAUGAUGACCAACAGGAGACAACUUCCUGGCGGUUCAGGAACCUAUCAUCUGUUCCUGAGGGGCUGGACGUGAGGCUGAGGAAGCUGGACGUGUCCAACAACGUUAUAAGACAUAUAAACAGCCAGAGUCUGGGUCUUCCAUCCCUACUGAGACUGGACCUCAGCUACAACCAGCUGGAGAUCAUAUCUGAAGGGGCUUUCAGAGACGUGGCCCAGCUUCAAGAGCUGAACUUGGCCAGGAAUGCAUUGAACCACAAUGUGGACAGUAACAGCCAAGCUCUUGGGUCUCUCCACAGACUGAGGAGGUUGGAUAUCUCUAUGAACGGUCUGGAUGAUGACGCGGCGGAACUUUACCUUCGUGACAAAUCAAUUCUAGAACACCUAGAUCUCAUGGGCAACGUUUUGACGCGACUCACGACCAAGCUGUUUGCAGAGAGCCUGAGCGUGAGAAGCAUUCGCAUCGAGAACAAUCUGAUCACGGCAAUAGAGGAGGGAACGUUUGAACCGUUGAAGAAACUCAAGAUCUUAAAUUUAGCCAGAAAUAAUCUAGUCUACAUCUGUGAUUUUAAACUCCAUCAGGUGAAACUCUUGAAUCUUAGCAGGAAUUCCAUAGAGUUCUUUGUCACCCGUGAGGACGGUCACCCAUACGAGUUGGAGAUCUUAGAUCUGAGCUUCAACAACCUCAUCUAUUUCCCCAUGGUUCCCAAGACCAACAGGUUGAGAUACCUCCACCUACAGAACAACAUGGUGGGGACCUUAGAGACAGACACCCUAAUAUCAGAGGCAGACUCUCUGUACAGAGAACUAACAAGUGAAGAUGAGGUAAAUUAUCCUGCAGACAACAACAUAUACUCUAACUGGAAACUGAUGCCGUUAGUUUACAUGGACCUCAGUAGUAACCACUUCAGGUCUCUACCUGUGGAGACUCUGAGCCAUCUGACGUCUUUGGUGACGCUGAACCUCAGCCAGAACUGUCUACAGGACAUCAGCUAUAACACAACGAAGUGCUGCAGCGACCAUGUUGGAGGCUACCACCAACCUUCCUUGACCUUUCCGUCCCUACGCUACCUCGACCUGCAGAACAACGGCCUUCGACAACUCUCCACCUUCUUCCUGGAAGCCCUACCAAACAUAGAGACAUUAAACCUGAAGGAGAACUCUGUGAGGCCUUGUGAUCCAAAGGACCAACUGGGACCAUCUCAGACAACGAGAGUUAGUCCUAAUAAUAUGUCCUCCUGUGUUUCCUUCUGGAAUAUCAAAACUCUGAGAAGUCUAGAUCUCCAAGACAACGGGAUCAAAACACUCCAUCGGAACACAUUUGAAAGAACCCCUUUGGUUUCUCUCAACCUGGCCAGCAAUGUAGAUAUAAUCUUGGAUAUUGGCGCUCUAGAAGGGUUGCAGAGUAGUCUCCAGUCUCUGAGUAUCAGUGGGAACAACAUGGCAACCUCAGCCUUGUCUCUGCCUUGUCUGAAAGCAUUGAGACGACUCAACAUGUCCAACAACAAUGUAGAUGUCUUCCCGAGCAUCAUCGGCUGUUCUCCUUUGAUGGAACUUGACGUGAGAAAUAACAGUCUAACGUCUAUGAAUGAAUCUUUGGUUGAUCGUUUGUCUCAAUGUCUUGAUGUGUUGUAUGUCAGUGGCAACUCUUUCAACUGCUGUGACACCAAAUGGCUAAAAGCCCUAAACAAAGAGAAAGUGAAGAUUCCGGACCUUGACCAUGCUGUGUGCCUCAGUGUCAACGGUACUCUGUUGACUGGCCUUCUGCGUAACCAUUCACUGCACUGUUCAUUGGAACUUAGCCCAAAAAUAACAGAACCAAACCUUGGGCAAAUAAUAAUAAUAAUUUUGUUUGUGUCUACAGUAUUGAUAUUACUUGUAUUUGUGAAGAAGGUUUGUUGCAACACAGGGUCAUUCAUUGUAUAAUGAUUGUGCAUGUAAAACCAAGAGCUGUGUUCCAAUACCCAUACUAACAUACUGUAUACUACAUACUUAAUGUGUAUUUAUUACAUACUAUUAGUUCAUUUUAGUAUACCGAGCGUACUAGCGCUUCGCCUGUCUACCGGAAGUUGAUGCUGUUGCUAUGCAACCUCUUGCUACCUGUAACAUAUUACUAGCUCGACCUACGGAAGAGUGACUACGGAAGAGUGACUACCGGAGAGUGACUACCGGAGAGUGACUACGGAAGAGUGACUACAGGAGAGUGACUACCGGAGAGUGCGCUCUGGGCGUAAAUUCAGAGCGCACACUGGAUGCUCUGGCCGUGGGGUAGGCUUGCUGGCUAACGUUGGCUAGCUACUUCCAGAAACAAAUGAGAGAGCACCUCACUCUGACCAUUUUACUCCCCCUAGCAGAGCUGUUUUCAUGUUAUCCAGAGCGUUGGUGACUGUAACUGUGCUGCCAGCAACAAUUUAAUUAUGCCUUUUUUUUGGGGCCGACGUUUAUCAGUUAUUCUGCGCUCUGACACACUAUGGAUAUGUUCGUAAAUUCACUCUGGUGUACCAGAGUGUUGUCAGAUUGUCUGUUCUAAAAUUAACAAAUUGCCAGCCAAAAUAACAUGUAACGUAACUUAUUUGAAAAGUCAUUACUUUAUUAUCAACAUUUUCCGCUCUCCUAUGACUCCGGCUGCAUAUUUUCCACCCCCAUUUUCUAAAGAAUUACAUUAUGGGACCUAAAAGCACAGAAAUAGUGUCCACUGCUUGUAUACUAUGACCAAUAAGCAUACUACAUACUCAAAGUACGUCACAAAUAGCAUGGUUAGUGCGUUUGUAUGAGUAUUCGAACACAGCUGUUUUGUUGUUGUUGGAAGUUAUCUGCAGCUAUUAGGUUUACUCCAGGUUAUAACACCAAUGCAUUAUAUUAGGUUUACUCCAGGUUAUAACACCAAUGCAUUAUAUUAGGUUUACUCCAGGUUAUAACACCAAUGCAUUAUAUUAGGUUUACUCCAGGUUAUAACAUCAAUGCAUUAUAUUAGGUUUACUCCAGGUUAUAACAUCAAUGCGUUAGACUAAUAGGUUUACUCCAGGUUAUAACACCAAUGCAUUAUAUUAGGUUUACUCCAGGUUAUAACAUCAAUGCAUUAGACUAAUGCCCACAUUUCAGAGGUUGUUGUGACUAAAUAUGCCACGCUAACAUGUGUCCACUGAUAGCCUAGGGAUACAUUCUGAUCCAUAGACACCAUACUUCCUUAAUGUCAGUCUUUCAACCACACGUCAAGUCAUGUCACUCUGAUAGUAACAAGCUCGUCUCCAGGCUGAGAGAGAGAGACACACACAGAGAGAGAGAGAGACACACACAGAGAGAGAGAGAGACACACAGAGAGAGAGAGAGACACACACACAGAGGGAGAGACACACACACACACAGAGAGAGAGAGAGAGAGAGACAGAGAGAGACAGCGAAAGAGAGAGACAGAGAGAGAAGAGAGACUGUAUAUAUACAUAAUAUGACAUUUGAAUUGUCUUUAUUAUUUUGGAACUUCUGUGAGUGUAAUGUUUACUGGUCAUUUUUAUUGUUUAUUUCACUUUUGUUUAUUAUCUACUUAAUUUGCUUUUUCAAUGUUAACACAUGCCAAUAAAACCCCUUGAAUUAGAGAGAUAGAUAGAGAGAGAGAUGCAGGGACCUUUUCACUGUGCAUUUCUCCUCUCCUGUCUGUUGGUGUUUAGCCAAGUAUGUCACAAAAACGUCCAUUGAUAUGCUCAAGGACUGGUGGGUUCUGAAAAAUGUGGAUGUUUUCAAGCAAUAAGAUGAGCUCCUUGUGGUAAAUGCAGCACAUGCAUGCAUGGGAAACCAUCAUAAAAUGCAACAUAGAAGCUGAAGAAGGAGCAAAACACCAUAAAUACACAGAGAAAUGUAUAUAUUUUUUCAUAAAGCAUUCUCUGAAUUUGGGGCACGGCAAACCACCUCUGGUUUAGUUCUCAUAACAUCUUUGGUUGAGUUGAGUUCAGUGGCGACCUGUCCUUCAGGGCACGUGGGACAGAGCUGUUUAGCUUUCUUUUUGUUUGUUUGUUUUGUUGUUGCCUGUUUUGCAUGUCAUUUUGGCAUUAAUACGUGUCACAUAUCAGUUUGCAAACAAUGUAAAAAAAAAGAGGAAAAAACAGUUAAUAAA